UUUCGGAAAGCGGACUUCUCCGUUAUUAAAAAAAAAUUAAACCCAAAAACCCGAAAGGAACUUAGGAAUUUUCCAUAGCUAUAUAACUUAGGAAUUCUCCAUACUUAUAUACACCUGAAAAUGUCAUGAAAAGGUAACAAAAUGUUAUGCUAUCCACUUUCUAGUACAUAAAACUGCUCAUAAAACAUACCCUACGCUUAUUUUAAGUUGUUUCUAUAUAAACGUAGACCUAGAUCUGUAUGCUGUUGACAUAAUGCUUUGUCUUAUAUUUCCUAUGUACAUUAAACUUUCAGAUGAAAUUAAAAUGGCUGCGAAAGAUGAGAACACAGGUGCCUUCUUAUAUGCAGAUAAUUGUGGGAACGCGAUUAAUUUUGAAGAGAUCAAACACCUGAUGAGCCCAACACUUAAAAAGGACAAUUAUGAAAUUUUAAUUAUCAAUAGUCCAGAGGACCACGAACAAGCUCAGAGGCUUAAAAAGGGACUAGAGAAUAACGUGAGUUAUUGUAAGUACCGCGAGCAAGGCAAACCAAAAGUUGAGCUUUAUGACGAGGUCGUCUUCGAAGACGAAACACCCACGUAUGAACUUGACUUCUCCCUCAGCAAGACCCUAGUUGUCUUUCUGCUUGCCACGAACGCCUUCUGCAAAAGUCCGAUGUCUAUGUUGCUUGGCCGUGCCUCGUUAGACAGCAUUCUAAAAAGUGACAAUCAAAACAGGUUUCUCUACGUGAUCCACACUAAACCGGAGAGGUGUCGAGACUACGUCUUACCUACAAUUUUAGAUUCGGUCAUCAGUAUCGACUUCUCCCAAGACGGGAAAGAGAAUGUGGAGUUCUACGAAAAGGUCAAAAGGUUACUGGAGAGUAAAGUUCACAUUCAGUACCAAAAAGACGUGGAAUUGUAUGAAAAGCGGUGCCAGUUUGUGAAGGAAGCGUCUCAAAACAACAAAGUUACACACACAAAGGCGAGUUUGUCUACAGUGCCCAUGACUUUGAUUCAUCAACGAAUAGAGUCUGAUUGUGUUUUUAAAACUGGUGAUAUAAAUCAGCAGCUAAUCCCAGCAUGUGCCUACUUUAAUUCAGAUGAUGAUAUAGAUAUUGAUAGGUACUUACCACUCAUCCCAACCAAUGCUUCCUUCGAUUCAAAUGACGAUAUAGACUAUGACGACAUGAACUUUGACCUAUCUAUUCUAAAUAUUUCAUCACCAGAAAGCAGUCGAUCUACAAGUCCUACAAAUUUUAUCUGACCUACAAAUUUGCAUGAUGGAUUAAUGGAUUCCAGCCAUAUGUUACGCCACAUUUCUAGUCCGUUGAAGAUCAUACCAUCUUUCUGUCAUGUGUAGAGAUGAAGUCUAAUCUGUCUGCAUAAUUUGUACUGUUUAGCAAAUAGGUUGCGUGUUUCUGCACUUGUCAGUUCGUGGCUACAGACAUGAAGACAACUAACAACACUCCACAAAUAAAGUGAAGAACCAACAGUUGUAUGAAGAUUUAUAACUGUUUAAUUCACAACGGGAGCAGUCUAGUCUCCGUCUAGUCUCAGUCUAGUCUCAGUCUAGUCUCAGUCUAGUCUCAGUCUAGUUUCAGUCACUCACACAAACGAUGUUACUUCUUGAAAGCCUAGAUUUAACUGCGUUUGAUCUAUCUACACUACAGUCUCGCUUUGGAUUGAUGUCGUCACAAUUGUGCGUUCACUAGCGGCGACCUAAAGUGCAACACCAAUGCUAAAUAAUGUUUGAAAUAUCACUAUUUGUUUAAUUACGAGGCUUCACCGAUGCGUUCCUUUUAGAAUUUAGACCAAAGAAUAUCUGCCUCGUCAAGUGGUAUGUGCUCCGGACUGUCGUCUCAAUGGCCAUUGGUUCAAACCCUGCCAGUCAUCUCCCCAGGAAGUUUGGGCUAGGAUGUAAUUAUCUUCAAUCCUGAACGAACAUCCCAAACAUCUCAAGCCAAACCAAAGAAAACUUACUGAAAUAUCCAUCUGUUACAUUGGAAUUACGUAUUUCACAUUUUAACAUUGUCUUUUCAGAUAGCGAAAUUGUAAAAGUUUUGUUACAAUAUGACAUGAUUAACUUGAA